AUGAAAUGUUUCUUGUCCGUCCAAGGUACCUACGUUAUGAUCCGUGUUAUCGAAGACGAAUUGCACAAACAUUCAAUGAUGGCAGACAAUGCGGUCCCCAUGAGUGCCGACGAAUUGACAGGCAACCAGUUGCGGCAGGCUGCACAGCAGGCUGCUGAUAAUUAUUAUCACUGGUUGCAUCAGCAACAGCAGCAGCAGCAACAGCAGCAGCAGCAACAGCAACAACAACAGCUACAGCCACAGCAACAACAACAACAGCAGCAGCAAGAUCAGCAGCAGCAGGAUCAGCAGCAGCAGGAUCAGGAGCAGCAGGAUCAGCAGCAGCAGGAUCAGCAGCAGCAGGAUCAGCAGCAGCAUCAAGGUGAGGUGGUGGUGCAGCUACAACCACAAGAGCAACAUCAACAGCUCGGUCAGGCGAUGCUGCCUGCACUGCCUCCACUGCCUCUACUGCCUCCACCGCCUCCACCGCCACCACAGCAGCAACAGCAACGGCAACAACAACAAGAUCAACUGCAGCAGCUGAAUCAGGUGGUGUUGCAUCCACUGCCACCGCUAGCUGAUGCCGUGCCACCAGCAAACAACAACCAGCUGCCGCUGAUGCGAGCUGGAGCUCCGGAUCAGCCGCCAGCACCAGCUGAAAAUUACGCUACGCGACGCCAUUUCCCAGGCCCAAGAGGACGGACUAAGUUUCGGGGGCGAGGCCGCGGCAAAAUUGGAAGGCGUGGAAGAGGAGAUAGGAGAGGAGGAAGGGGAAGAGGUGGGAGGGGAGGCGGAAGUGGUCCAACAAUCAACCACAUUUAUUAUUAUCAAUAA